GUGAGUAUAUAUAAACCAUCUCCUCUCCUCUCUCAGAUUAUCCUCCAUCCUUUAACAAUCCCACAAUAAACGCAUCUAGUUGAACUGCCUUCCGGUCUAGUCUCCACAGAUUGAGACCACAAAAUUCGAUUGCAGUCGCCCGGAGAGAUGGAGCUCAGAGGGGUGUUGCUGGCCACUGUUAUGAUCUCCGCGUUAUCCACUCUGAGUUUCACCGUCGACGCAUGCUCGUCGGCGGACCUGGCCGCAUUGCUAGACGUCAAGGCUGCUCUGGACGAGCCCUACUUGGGGAUACUGAAAACUUGGAGCGGCAGCAAUUGCUGCUCCGGCACCUGGUACGGCGUCAGCUGCGACCCGAGCACAAACAGAGUCGCCGACAUCACUCUCCGGGGAGAAUCCGAGGACAAGAUCUUGGUCAAGGCCGGCCGGACCGGGUACAUGAAGGGCUCGAUCUCUCCUUCCGUCUGCAAGCUCGACGGCCUCAGCACGCUCAUUCUGGCGGACUGGAAGGCCGUUUCCGGCGAGAUUCCGUCGUGCAUCUCCGCACUCCCCAACCUCCGGAUUCUAGACCUCGUCGGGAACCAAAUCACCGGGCGGAUCCCGGCGAACAUCGGGCAGCUGAGCCGGCUGACCGUUCUCAACCUCGCCGACAACCAAAUCUCCGGCAGCAUACCGCCGUCCAUCGUCAACCUCGGGAGCCUAAAGCACCUGGACCUCAGCGGCAACAAGCUCUCCGGCGAAAUCCCCGCGGAUUUCGGGAAACUCCGAAUGUUGAGCCGGGCGUUGCUCAACAGAAACCAGCUCACCGGUUCAAUCCCGGGCGGGUCGAUCGCGAACCUCCGCCGACUCGCGGAUCUGGAUCUAUCGAUGAACCAAAUAUCCGGUCCAAUCCCGGCUGAAUUGGGAUCGAUGCCGGUUCUGUCAACGCUGAACCUCGACAGCAACCAACUCAGCGGCGCGAUCCCCACCGUGCUGCUGAGUAACUCGGGAUUGAACAUCCUGAAUCUGAGCCGGAACUCGCUGGAAGGAGAUUUGCCGGACGUGUUCGGGCAGAAGACAUAUUUCACGGCUCUGGAUCUGUCCCACAACAACCUGCGAGGGAGCGUGCCGAAAUCGUUGUCGGCGGCGAAGUACAUCGGACACUUGGAUCUCAGCAGCAACCACCUCUGCGGCACGAUCCCCACCGGUUCCCCCUUCGACCACCUUGAAGCGUCGUCCUUCUCCAACAACGCCUGUUUGUGUGGAUCGCCGUUACACACAUGUCAGAAUUGAUGAUUUCGUGUAAUUAAAUGUUUCUUUUAUCAGGGUUAUUAAUUAAUUACUGUAUUAUUUGUGUAAUAACUACGAAGUAUUUAUUAAAUACGCACUCCUCCAAAAGAAAUUUGUCUUCCAACCAGGUGCUUCACUGUUUCAGGCACUCUCGUUUCUGCCAUUAUUAAUUCUUUAAGAUUUGGUAAGAA